CAAGCGACACCAAGCAACCGAGAUACACAGCAAGAUUACAGAGUGAAGUAGAGAGAGAGAGUCGAAAGAGACCUAUAUUACAGAGCGUGAGUUAUCAUUUGGAAGGAUAGGGGUAUUUACUAGCAGAAUAUUUGACUUCAGUUUAGUUUAGUGAAAGACGGAUAACCAGAAGAGACUGCAGACCUGCAAUUCGGACCUGCCUCUGUUGCAGGUGAGAAUGGCGGUGAAUCAAAGGAUCUUUAACUCGACCAGACCAUUCUCAGGGUCACCCCAAAUAGAGCUGAAGGGGUCUUACCCAAGCCUCCCCAGCCCAGAAGACAGGAUGAGUGACGAGGAGGGGAAGGAGAGCGAAGGGGACUUCAUGGCUUGUUUAAAACCCAGACUAAUUCAAGUCCUAACGCAGGGCACAGCAGAACAAGUGGGUGAAGCAGGUCCACUGAACUAUCAGAAGAACUCAUUCAUAGCCCAGGCUGAAUGUGAAACCCAAGACUCCCAGCAGUUCAGCCCUUCCUGCUCCGAACGCUCCUAUGUCGGGUCCCCCAACUGCUUAAUCAACCGGGACUCAUCAGAGCACAACAAUGUGGCGUGUUCCACCGUAGCCUCCACCCAGGACCAACCAGGCUCCCCGGCCCACUGCUCCCCCAGGAAGAAGCCAAGGAAGAAUCAGAAGAGGAAGGAGAAGAAAGAGGAGCAAAGGGAGACAGUGAAGCAGAGACAGAGACGUAGAGUACCUUCUGGUGUCCCUGAGCAGGAGACCCAGACUGGCAGUUCUCCUCAACUGAUCCAGACCCAGGAGGACGCUUCAGAGGCAUUAAGUAACAUCAGCACUUCCUACAGUAGCAGUAUCCCGAGUUUAGAGGCGCAUGACACCAGACGCCCCCCUUACCCCCUCCAGGACUGCAACAGGGGCCCCAGCCAUUCCCACCCAUGCUGGGGCCCCCAGGUGUUUAGCCCCUCCUGCAACCUCUCCACCUAUGGGCAGGAGAGUGACUCGGACUCUCCACUCAGCAGUGUGGGAGACUGUUCGUUGGCCCUAGCAGGGCUCAGGGGCAGUGUCAGUCAGGAGGACCGAUGCUACGCAGGUCCCUUCUGCAAAGACGUGGAAAGGCAUAUCUGGGAGAAGGAGGGAGAAGUCUCAGAGACUGACACCAACGAGGGCCUGAUCUUCAAUGAGAAUAUUCAGCCUGUGAAUUAUGAGUACAGGGAGGGGAAGGACUACAGCCUCUGCAAGUCUAUCAACACAGGGUCAUACGGGGAAGUGCACAGUGUGCAAGACAACAGAACACACUUCAGAUUUUGCGCUAAAAAGAUUCUCCUGAAGAGUUUUAGUAGUGAGGAAGUGGGUACGUGGAGUGCCCUGAAGUCUCCUCGCGUGGUGGAACUCUUCGGAGUGAUCAGAGAGGGGCCCUAUGUCGUCCUCUUCAUGGACCUCAAAGCUGGCUCUGUGGGUCAGCUUAUUAAAGAGAGGGGUCGGCUACCUGAGGACCUGGCCCUUCACUACCACUGUCAGGUCCUGGGGGCGCUGGAACACCUGCUGAAGAGACGAGUGCUGCAUCUGGACAUAAAGGCGGACAAUGUGUUGCUGUCAGAGGAUGGGAGGGACACUUUUCUGUGUGACUUUGGACACUCGGAGAGAAUGGACAUUGGUGGACAGAGCCUAAGUGCAUCCCAAGGAGCAGAUCUGAAGGGGACAGAGACACACAUGGCCCCGGAGAUUGUGAAAGGGGAAACCCGCGGAGCCAAAGCAGACGUGUGGAGCAGCUGCUGCAUGUUACUGCACAUGCUCAAUGGCUGCCAGCCCUGGACACGAUACUACUCCCGCCCACUGUACUUCAAGAUAGCCAAUGAACCACCGCCUCUGAGGGAGAUCCCGCCCGAUUGCAGUCCCUUCACUGCUGAUGUCAUAAAGGUGGGACUACAGAAGGAGCCAACCAAGAGGGCCUCUGCCCCGGAGCUCAAGGGAAGAGCAGCCAGAGCUCUGAGAGAAGUGGGAGGACUCAGCAGCCCCAUCAGAGGGUCCUAUAAGGAGCCCCUACAGAUAGAUGACAGCCCCGGCCAGUCUAGCCAGCCCUGGCCUCCCUUCAGCAGAGACACCUGCUCUGAGGAGAACCAUAAGCUAUUGCUGGAAUCCAUGAACCCAGGGAGCAGGGAGCUGAACAAUGAUGAGGAGGAGGAAGGCAGUGAGGCAGACACAGAGGAGACAACCUCACCUCCAGACUCACCUCGCUCUCUACUGACACAACUCCAUGAAUGGCAAAAUCCCAAGAUGGCCGACGUCACCUCCAACGUGUCUGAGCUUGAACUGCGCAAACUGGAGAGAGAGUUCUACCUGACCAGUCUGUCUCAGCUGCACUCAGCAGAAACCCAGGAGCAACUACUGUCCUGCCUGAGCAGCAGUGACUGUUACUCCAACAGGGACUUAUGGGACAGAAAGGACUCUGGCCGUUGGUCCAUCAGCCCAGGUGAUGACCUCAGCUCUGGCGUGUUCUCCUACAACAGCCAACCGGACGGACAGAUUCUCAGUAUGGACUGGCUGGUUCACCAAAGCCACCUGUCUCCACCCCGAUGCUUUGAGGGAGUGGACGUCUGCAUCACGGACGUAAAUGGGCAAAGCAUCCGGAUCCGAGAGAAACGUAGGGUGAAGGUGGGCCACAUUGCCACGGGGAUCAGCGACCAGAUCUCUGAGAGGGUGUUCACCAUGGAGACUCAGGAGCGGGAGCCAGUGGCCCAUGAUGAGGAGGUGCAGGACUCUGGCCUCCUGCUCCGCUGUGUCCCUGCUCCUGACUACAGCCAGGCCUGGAGAUGGAGGGUCAAGGAGGGGGUGCUGGAGACUCGUGACUGAGCCAUCAACUCCCCCCAUUCAUCAGUAGCAGUCUCAUCAAGCAUCAGGACUGUAGACUCACUCCUGUACGCCUGUAUCAGUCUAUCCUGCUUUUUAUCAAACUGUGUUAUGCAUAAUAUUUUUAGGGACAAAUGUCAUGGGUUUCUAAUAAAUGGAUAUCCCUGUAAAUUACAGGAGCACAGACA